UUUCUUUUAUUUGUUGUACGCACGGCGAAGACGCUUGCAAUUUUAGCACUGCAGAAUUGCGAUUGGGCGAUGCGCUGCAUUCGCUCGAGUCGCAGCUCCUGGCAGUCGUAGCUAACCAGCCAACGGGCCGGAGGACGGGACUCAAAUCAGGCGACCCACGGAAACGAGCAGCCAAAUUCAAAAACAAGCGAGCACCGAAAACAGGAAGCAAGUUUUUCCCAUUUCGUUGGCGGCGCAUAAAAUGGAACGCAGUGGACGAAUGUGGACGAGAGCCCUGAGAGAAACACAAAAGCACGGAACCUGAGCAACAACACACACCAGUGAUAUAAUAGUAGUCUACGGAACCCCUGAUCCACGGCACUUCGCAUCCAAACUCACCCAAGCCUUUUGGCAAGAUGGCCGUGCAGCUGAAACAGAGCUACCACCACCUGCCCCUGACGAUCACGCCGAUCCUGCAGCAGACGCACCUCCUGCCGCAGCAGGCACCCAAUCCCCCCCAGCAGCAGCCACAGCCGCCGGAUCUCACCUUCCACUGCAUGUGCUGUGCGGAGUUCUUCGUCCAUCCGCUGGCGCUGUACCAGCACAUGAACACCCUGCACCCCCAUGAGCCGGGCAAUGGACAGCAGAAGCAGGAGAGCCCGGGCGACGAGGGCGAGGACUACAGCUGGAUCUUCGAGCCGGUGUGCGAGCUGGCGGAGGAUGGCAGCGACUCGUCGGAUGGGAGCGACUCCUCGGGCUCCGACAGCUCCUCCUCGUCGGACGACGACGACGAUGACGACGACGGCAGCAGCAGCUCCAGCUCCAGUUCCAGCAACUCAAGUUCAUCGAGCAGCUCGGUGCCGACCACCAGCAACUCCAACACCCAGCAGAGCCAGGAGUCGGUGCAGCCAAUUCGCGGUCUGGUGGCCGGAUCGGGCUUCAACGAGUUCCAGCUGCAGAUAUCGGACCCGCGGGAGUCCACCUCCAUAUUCAUGGUGCAGCCGACCGUAAGCGUCACGCCCUUGCAGCAGCUACUACCACCGGCACCCACUGUUAGUCCGGGAUUCGGCCUGCAAUCGACGCCCAUCAAGCGGCGGCGCGGAAGGCGGACCAACAUCGGUGCACCCGUGAUGGAUCCAGCGUUGAAUGGCAAUCAGAAGUGCUUCCAGUGCACGCACUGCGAGGCGAGUUUUCCCAACGCCGGCGAUCUGUCCAAGCACGUGCGCUCACACAUCACCAACAAGCCGUUCCAGUGCUCCAUCUGCCAGAAGACCUUCACCCACAUCGGCAGCCUGAACACGCACAUCCGCAUCCACAGCGGCGAGAAGCCGUACAAGUGCGAGCUCUGCCCGAAGGCCUUCACGCAGUCCAGCAGCCUGAUGGUGCACAUGCGCUCGCAUUCGGUGCGCAAGCCGCAUCAGUGUGUGCAGUGCGACAAGGGAUUCAUCAACUACAGCUCGCUGCUGCUGCACCAGAAGACGCACAUCGCGCCCACGGAGACGUUCAUCUGCCCGGAGUGCGAGCGCGAGUUCAAGGCGGAGGCGCUGCUCGACGAGCACAUGCGCAUGCAUACGCAGGAGCUGGUGUAUCAGUGCGCCAUCUGCCGCGAGGCCUUCCGCGCCAGCUCGGAGCUGGUGCAGCACAUGAAGAACCACAUGGGCGAGAAGCCAUUCACCUGCUCGCUGUGCGACCGCUCGUUCACGCAGUCGGGCAGCCUGAACAUCCACAUGCGCAUCCACACCGGCGAAAAGCCGUUCCAGUGCAAGCUAUGCGACAAGUGCUUCACACAGGCCUCCAGCCUGAGUGUCCACAUGAAGAUCCAUGCGGGCGAGAAGCCCUACCCGUGCCCCAUAUGCGGCAAGUCGUACAGCCAGCAGGCGUACCUCAACAAGCACAUCCAGGCGCACCAGAUGGCUUCGUCCGCAUCCGCAUCCACGUCGCCUGGUCUGCUGGUCGCCAAGCAGCCGCACGAAACGCUCGUUUGCAUUGUCUGCGGAUCGUUGCAUGCGGAUGCCACUGCGCUGGCCACCCAUGUGCACAGCCAGCACGCAGCGCUGCUGGACACGAUGAAGCAGUCCGGAAUGAACACGGCGCAGGGCGGGGCGAUUCCAGACGGCAAGUGCAGUGCGGAGGAGCAGCAAGCCUAUGUGGAGCGGGUGCAGUGCGUCCUGCAGCAGAUGAACCAUCAGCAGCAGCAUCAACAGCAGCAGCAACAACAUCCGCAACAGCAACAACAUCCGCAACAACAACAACAGCAGCAGCAUCUGCAACAACAGCCGCAUCAGAUGCAGCUACCGCUGCAGCCCAAGCUGCCGGCCAUGGACUCCACCGGCGAGGACGAAGAAGAGCCCGACGAAGCGGAGGAACCUCCGGAUGAGGAGGAGGCGGAAGAUGAGGCUGAGGAGCCGGCGGAGGUGAAAACGGAAGUGCUGGCAGCAGAGGACGCUCUGACCAGUCCGCGCUAUCCCAUUCUCGGGCUGCAGGAGGAACAGAUCCUGCUGGACUCUGACAUGUACUACGAGGACUUCGCCGACAUGGACGUGGGCUGUCAGGAGGAGGUGUUCGGCGACUUUGUCGUUAACGAGGAGGAGGUUUACACCGAUGCGCUCAUCUAGAUCUAGGUACUAAGAUUUGGCCAUAGUUUACGAAAGUAAUUCAUAUUUACAUUGAAAGGCACGACAGUUCUUAACUACGUUUGGGUCACAAAUUGUGCUGACCGCACUUUUUUUAUACAAUUCAUUUUGUUCAACAAUGUCGUGGGGUAUUACAGAGAAGACAUUUGUCGGGAGUGUUCCAAAAGUACUUAACUCACAGUUUAUCGUUGUUAGGUUACCAUGUAGGAUUCCCAGAGCACAUAACAAACCUUCAAAGUUUCAACUCGGUCUGCGAAAGAUCAGUAACUUAUCUUUUAACAUUACCUUACCUUACCAAGAACCUUUUUUUUACUAAUCAUAAGAUCAGAAGCGAUUUUGUGAGCAUUCCCAGUACAACUUGUUGCACAUUUUGGGCAACCGAAAGCGAAAUUCCAGUUUUGUAUCUCAUAUCACACGGAGCCCACACGACAAAUGAAGAUUGUCCAGGAAAUGGACGUAUUGUAUUUGCACAUUAUCUUACAAAGAUAUUACAUUUUGUUAGUAUUAAGCCUUACUUUAUGCUGCUCAUUUUACAUCCCAAGGGAUAUACCCUUACCCAAGUUGGAGCCACAACGACUCCAACUAUUCCACGUCGCGUAUUUCCCAGAAUCGCCUGAAGAGAUUACAUUAAUCGUUAUAUUUAA